AUGCUUACAAGGCUGGCACUAUGCGGGUGGUCAAGUCUUCUCAUACACACAGUAAGUUUUGUCUCUAUUUGGUCGUCUGAUUUACACAAUGUUUUCAUAGUGUCCUUGAUUGAAUCAAAAAAGCCGGUUAUCAUCGGGGAGGCUCCUCCAUCCACCUGGGAGCACUCAUGUGCUCGUCGCAUGUUUGCUGAUCAUCAUACUGAUUAUAGUGGCCCACAGCGUGUGGAGACAAGUGUCACACAGACCAGAGUCAAGAAGGGAAAG